UGUGUGUGUGUGUGUGUGUGUGUGUGUGUGUGAGCGCGCGGACCCCGGAGCUCUGUGAAUGAGGGAGGCGGGGACGCGCGUGGACAGGCUUUAUGAGAUGCGGUUAGACAGCGCGAGGCGACAGAGCGGAGAGAGACCGUCAGUUAACCACAGACAGACAGACAGGCAGACAGACAGGCAGGCAGGCAGAGAGGCAGACAGGCAGGUGGGAUGGUGUCUCACCGCUGACUCCACUCUCGGUGUGUUUUAACGGACCGGAGCGGCGACACGGAGCCCGCAGCAGGAACCGCACAGCCACGCACCGACGCCGGGGAGAGGAGAGGGCACCAUGGGCUCCGCUUCGUCCUCCUACCGGGUCAUUUACCUGGACGUGGACGGCAGGAUCCAGAAGGUGGUGUUCAGUAGAUUCUGCAGCCCGUGUGACAUUAAGGAGUUGUUCUGUACAGCGCUGGGUGUGCCAAGGAACACUAAUCUGUCCCUGCUGGAUUCGUCCGGAGCCAUGGUGUCCAUCGACCCCACCAUGCCGCACAACACAGACAGGUCACCAUACCGAGUGGUGCCAAUGACUGGAGGACAGCUCGCCGAUAAAGAGGAACUCUUUCAGAAUGUACUGACGCAAGUAGCAGAGCAGUUUUCAAGGGCGUUCAAGAUCAACGAGCUGAAGACCGAGGUCACCAACCGUCUCGCCAUGUUGGAGAAGAGAGUAGAGCUGGAGGGGAUGAAGGUGGUGGAGAUCGAGAAAUGUCGCAACGACAUCAAGAAGCUCCGCGAGGAGAUGGCGUCAAGAAACAACAGUAACUUCCUGGAGGACAAUAAGAAGCUGACUCCUCGCAGAGACGUGCCCUCCUACCCCAAGUACAUGCUGUCACAACAGACCAUAGACGCCCUCAAAAAACCCGCCUUCGACGUCUGGCUGUGGGAGGCCAACGAGAUGCUGAGCUGUCUGGAACACAUGUACCACGACCUGGGCCUGGUCAGAGACUUCAACAUCAACCCCAUCACACUGAAGAGAUGGCUGCUUUGUAUUCAUGACAACUACAAGAACAACCCCUUCCACAACUUCCGCCACUGUUUCUGUGUCACCCAGAUGAUGUACAGCAUGAUCUGCCUCUGCAGCCUGCAGGAGAAGUUCACUCAGGUCGACAUCUUGAUUCUCAUGACAGCUGCUGUGUGUCACGACCUCGAUCACCCCGGAUUCAACAACACGUACCAGAUCAACGCCAGAACGGAGUUGGCGGUCCGCUACAACGACAUCUCCCCUCUGGAGAACCACCACUGCGCCGUGGCCUUCCAGAUCUUCUCACAGCCCGACUGCAACAUCUUCUCCAACUUUGACCCCGAGGCCUUCAAACAGAUACGACAGGGAACCAUCACGCUGAUCCUGGCCACAGACAUGGCGCGACACGGUGAGAUCCUGGACUCCUUCAAGCAGAAAGUCGACAAUUUUGAAUACACGGACGAGGAGCACCUCACCUGUCUGAAGAUGGUGCUCAUCAAGUGCUGCGACAUCUCCAACGAGGUGCGGCCCAUGGAGGUGGCUGAGCCGUGGGUCGACUGCCUGCUGGAGGAGUACUUCAUGCAGAGCGACAGGGAGAAGACCGAGGGGCUUCCCGUGGCUCCGUUCAUGGACAGAGAAAAGGUCACCAAGCCGACAGCUCAGAUCGGCUUCAUCAAGUUCGUCCUCAUCCCCAUGUUUGAGACCGUGAUGAAGCUGUUCCCACAGAUCGAGGAGGCGAUGGUGCAGCCGCUGAGAGAGUCCAGAGACCGAUACGAAGAGCUGAAACAGAUCGAUGACGCCAUGAACGAGGUGCAGAAAAAGAAGAGCGAGAACUUGACCAUUGGAGGGAAGAAGAAGUAAAAUGUUGUGAAAAGCACCAGUGAGCGUUAGAGCACCAGAGUGAAGCAGUGUGACGUAAAGUAAAGUUGUCAGACACGUUGGUCCGUGGCGGGCUGCUGAGCCUCCUCUCGUCCCGUCGGACGGUCGGAGAGCGGAGGGGCGGCGGCGGCGGGAUGUGUGAUCGGGAUUUGUCACAGAACGGCGGCGGAGUCGGGUUUUAAGACGGCGUCAAAAAACUCCCGACGGACUCGAGGACCAGACGGACAAUCCAAAGCCCUUUUCAGGAACCGUUGUACAGCACAGACUACUUCAGUGAACAAUAUUUAGAUACAUUAUAUAUCGUUUUUUAUUUGAAAUGUGUUGUUUUUUACAGAUUGUACAGAUUUUUAGUGACAUUUGUUCUUUCCUAUAAAAAAAAUAAAAGGAUUACUUUAAUUAAAAAA